AUGCACAACAGUGACUCAGAUGACUGCGAGCCCUCAGCGCCGCCCCUGCGCUCGGACGACCAGCAGCUGCCGCCUAACUGCCCCCCUGAGAUGAUGGAGCGCCUGCGCGCGUGGGCGGACGGGCUGUGCCAUGAACCGCCGGCGCCCAUGCCGACGCCGCGGCAGCCUCAGCAGCAGCCCCAGCAGCUUGACCAGCAGCAGGCUCAGCAGCAGCAGGCUCAGCAACAGCAGCAGCAGCAGCAGCAGCAGCAGCAGCAGCAGCAGCAGCAGCCCCAGCAGCUUGACCAGCAGCAGGCUCAGCAGCAGCAGGCUCAGCAACAGCAGCAGCAGCAUGAGCAGCAGCAUGAGUGGCAGGCCCGGCCGGCGACGCAGCCGCGAUCGCGCGAGCGCGGCGCGGCGCGCAAUUGCAGCCGCGGCGGCGACGGCGGCGGCGGCGGCGCGGGCCCGGGCGCGGCGCAGCACGCAGCUGCAGCGCGGCCGGGGACGAAGCGCUCGGCGCAACCUGAUGGCAGCUCUCUCGCAGACGGCCGCCACCAGCACGGCCCUAGCCCCCAGAAACGGCGCGGCCCUGCGCCCUGGCGCGGCGACCUUGGAUCCUGCGCUUGCACCUGCACCUGCGGCGCGAAGCGCCCGGCGCCGCCGGACCCGCCUGCUGGCGCGGGUGGCGACGUCAACGGCGGUGGUGGUGGCUGCGGCGGCGGCAACCCCGCGGCGCCGCGCUUCAAGGUGCCUCGGGCCGUCGCGCUGACCCGAGAGUCAGUCGCAGCCGCAGCGGCCGCAGACCCGGGGGCUGCCGACCCCUUCACCCCUGCGUGGUGGGCGGACAUGGCGCGCGCGGCCGGCAGCGGCGGGGGCGGCGGGGGCGGGUUGGCACCGAUGGAGGUCGCAUUCUCCCAGGCCAGCCAGCCGCGGUCCGCCGUGCCGAUGGUCUGCUCCCAGCAGUCCAGCCUGGCCGCAAGCCAGCCUUCCGCUGCGGGCGAGGCGGCCUCUAUGGAUGUUGAGGAGUGGGCAGACGCGGCCGCGGCCGCCGGCAGGGCGCUGCCGACGGCCGCAGGCGGCGCGUGGGCGGCGCCGGCGCCGGCGCAGGGCAGGCGUGGGCACGGCGCCGUCGCGGAGCAACUGGGGCACGAGCAGGCCGCGGCGGAGGCCGCCGCCGUCAGCGCCGCCGCCGCCGAGGCCGCCACAACCGCGCGGGCCGCGGCCGAGCGUGCGGCCGCGGAGCAGCUGGCGGCGGCGCACCCGCUGGCGCUGUUCUCCCGGCCCGGCGGCUGGACGCUGGGCGCCGCCUUCGCGCGCGCAGCCGCGGACCCGCUUGCUGCGGGCGACGGCGGCCGCGCAGUGGCGUCGGCGCUGGGGCUGGCGCUGCAGCUGCAGCAGGAGGGGGCGCUGCUGGAGCAGCGGCUCAGGCGCGAGGGUGACGCGGCCCACGCGGCGCUGGCGCGCCUGCAGCUUGCCGAGGCCGCGGCCGCGGAGGGCGCGGCGCGCUGCGAGGAGCUGGGGCGCGACCUGGAGGGGGCGCGGGCGGCGGCGCGAGACCUGGAAGACCAGAUCCUCUGCACGAUCUGCUGCGAGCGCCCCCGGGACUCUGUGCUGCUGCCCUGCUGCCACUACGUCGCCUGCAGCGCCUGCAUCGACCAGAUGGGCGCGGCCAGCGACGGCGGCGGCCGCGCCGCGCGCUCGCGCCGCGCGGGCGCUGGGGAUGGCGGCGCCGGCGCCAAGCGGUGCCCGGUGUGCCGCGGCUGCGUUCAUGGGCGGGUCGUGGUGCACAUCGGCGCGGCGGAGGCCGCGGCCGCGGCCGCCGGGCAGCGCAGGCAGCAGGAGGCGGACGCUGCUGCGCGGGCCGGCGUGGGCGGGCGUGCGGCUGGCGAGGCGGGCGGCGGGCAGUAG